AAAAUGCAACCUGCGCUGCUCUUUGUACACUUUGGAGUACACACCUCCAAUUCAACACAGGAAACUGAAACCGUUUCCUCCAUUUGUCAGUGAAAUGUUUUAGAAGAACAAUGAACACCAAGGGCAGUUUUACAGGAAUAUUCCUCUGUUUCCUGACUCUAUUUACCUUAUCAGACUGUAGCACAUGUCAGACCAAUAAAUUAGAAGGGGACAGUCUCACCUUUCAACUGACUGACACGCAGCUUAAAGAUGAUGAUCGAUUCACUGUAAAAAAAGAUAAUAAAAUACUAGUCCCCAGAAGGAAUAGGAAACAAAAGGGACUGGGGAUUGUGAAAGAUAAGUUGCUGGAGCUCCCACCUGUGAAACUGAGCGAUUCUGGGACAUACAAUGUUGAGGUUUUUGAUAUGAACGGCAACACAUUAAAAUCUUACUCAGAAAGCGUCUGUGUUUAUGCAAAAGUCCCCAAGCCAAGAGUGAAUAUUACAUGUCAGGAUGAGAAGGUUGACUUAAGAUGUGAUGUUGAAGGUGGCAAAGAUCUAUCUUUCAGCUGGUACAAAAAUGGGAAAGAUUUAAAGAAGAAUGUAUUAAACUUCUCAACAAAUAUUGAGGAGAACAAAUCAAAGUAUACAUGUACUGCACAGAAUCCAGUUAAUAAAACCACAAGUGAUCCAGUGGAAGAAGCAUGUUUCAAGCCUGCUACACUCUUUGGCUUUGAUCUUUGGAUCAUGGUGGGCAUCUUAGCUGGUGGAGGAGGUCUCGUACUGGUAUUGGUAAUUGUGCUGGUGACUGUUGCCUGUCGUGCCUGUAAACGCAGAGAGAAACAACAGCGAGAUGAAGAAGAGUUCCGACUGAACUACCUCAACACCUCUCCACCUCCUGGUCAACAAAAAUCAAAGCAAACAGCAAGAGGUCAGCCAGCACCUCCAGAACCCUAUGAUGAUGUUUCUGCCCAGGAAAUCCCAUGUCAGGCCGAACCUAGACCCAGGAACCAGCAACGCGCUCGGCCUCCACCACCUCCGAUAGACGAUGAGGAGGAACAACCUCCACCAUUACCCCAACCUAGGAAAAAGGCACAGGUCAGAAAGCGUGAAGGACCAAUGUGAUGGAGGAGCGAGUACACCAGUCAGGUGAAAUCAUCGAAUUCUAUUUAUAUCUGUAUGUAUGAAUAUAUAUGAAGGAAAUAAGAGUGAUAAUAAAUGUACAAAUAAUAAACAUAACAUUUCAGCACUUUUCUUGCAUGUUUGCUUCGCAUAUAUCCAUACAUACAUAAAUAAAUGCAUUUUAUAUAAUAUUCAUCGCCAUUAGAACAUAGUAAAGAGAAUUGAAUCAGCUUGGAUUGCCUUCCAUGAGCUCACAACCUGUCAAUCCUGUAAUAUUAACUGAAUGAAAAGAAUUUUGUAAAACUAAAUGAAGAAAAAAGCAGAAAUCCUUAUUAGUGAUAAGAGAUAGAGGUUUUAUUAGGAUAGGGAAUUUGGCUGUACUAGAAAAAUUCUGAGAGUAUGUUUGGGUGUAAUUCCCAAUUUAACAUGAACAUUUUAUAAAAUAGGAAAAAAAAAAUCAAAUUUUUUUAUUUAAGAAACCGCAAACCUUUGCUUUCUCCUCAUGCUGCAGCAUCCUAAGAAACCGACCCAUGGUGUUGUUUUUUCACAUCUCGUCUAAUGCAACGCUUUGUUUGGAAGGUACCAGAAACCACAAUAGACAGAUUGCAGCUAGUCAAGAUGUUGCAGUCAAGAGUAACAACACGUACAAUAAGAAAUCGAGAACAACUUGCACCUCUUUCAGCAUCAUUGCAAUGGCUAUCUAUUUCUUUUAGAACUGAUUUUAAGAUUUCCUUACUGGCUUAUAAAACUCUCAGUAGAUUAGCAUCUCCAUACAUGUCUAGAUAACUCUGUUCCAAUUUGGGUUUUAAGGUCACAUACUGGCUUGUUACAUGCUCAAGUUAAAAAAAAAAAGGGGUGGGUGAGGGGCAGGGGGAGGAAAAAAAGACUGCGGCAGCACCUGAAGCAGCUUUCUGUCACUAUACAACAAAGAUGUGUAUAACUUAAACAAUCAGUGUUCAGCAGAAGCAUAUCUUUAAUCAAUUAAAAGAACAACUAAUAUCAUUAGAAUUUUAAUAGCAUUGUUCAUUCUUUAUUUUUAUUUUCCUCUAUAUUUAUAAUCCUAUGUUAAUUUCUUUCUAUUAACUAUUUUAAUGUUUGUUUUGCUGUAUUUUUUGAAAUUUAUUAUUAUUACUUUUUUUUAUUUUGUAAACCCUUUACUGAGAUCGUAUAAUUUGCCUGGAUGUACACAUCUUACUUGAACUGAACUGUUCACUGAUUCAGUCAAUGUUCAGUUGUUAUGGACAGUAUGACUGACUGAAUUGAGAGAUUUUACAUAAAUUUAUCUAAAUGUAACUUACUUGGUAUAUAUAUGGCUCUCACACCACACAGUUUUAAAGGCAGAUAGCAAAAACCCACUAAACGACACCUAGUCCGCUUUUUUUUUAUCAUCGUCUACUCAUUUCCUGUGUGUGGGAGAUACAAAACUGCAAGAGUUUUUUUUUUUUUGUUUUUUUUUUUUUUGUUUCACAAGCACACCACUUUGAACACCAUUUUCAAUUUUAUUUUAGCAACAGUAGUGUUGUCAGUAAAGCUAUUUUUAAAGACUUUUAGUACAUCUUGUGUUUGUGUAUUCUUAGAUUUUCUCCUUAUAUUAAAUCUGUUUUCUUGUGCAUUUUGUCCAUAUAUUGUCUAUAAAAUAUGACUUUGUCUGCCUGAAGUCACUGUAGCACAGAGAAGUGUUUAAAUGUGAGAUUAUGAACAACUGUAUAUUCCAUCAUGGCCUUAAAACUGGAAAUUAGACAAGAUAAGACAUUAUGAAGGCAACAUACCUGAUUAUAUAAAUAAAUUCAUGAAAUUCAUGGAA